AGAGCGAGCUGCACCAACAAGGUUACAGUUGACUGUAGUUCCUUUCCAAAUGCCUCCAGGGAGAAAAAACUAGCACGAGAGCAGCAAUAACUGCUCAAAUUUUCCAUCCAAGAACAUCAAGUAUUUGGGAAAAUUAUCUGUUAUCUGCAUGUUGAGUUGAAUAUAAUUUGUGAUAAUUACACAGCAACACUUAAGUGAAAAGAUGCAAAUAUGAGCCCAGAGGAGGAGCCAGAGUAUCAAACACCUCCCACCUGCGAUCUGCUCGGCCUUCUGCUGAAGAACAGACGCCCCACUGGAGCUGUCAACGAGGUUUGGCCCAACCUCUACAUUGGAGACGCUGCUACAGCUCAGCAUAAAAGCCUGUUAGUGAAUCUGGGAAUAACACACGUGGUGAAUGCUGCAGAUGGCCCCCAGCACAUUGACACUGGGCCUCUUUUCUACAAAGACACCAACAUACAGUAUCAUGGAGUAGAAGCACCAGACUGUAAAGAUUUUGACUUGAGCCCAUUCUUCGCUGAAACGGCUGAUUUUAUUCACGGUGCUCUGACUCGGAAAGGUAAGGUGCUCGUCCACUGUGCUCGAGGAAUCAGCCGCUCAGCGACUCUGGCACUGGCCUUCCUCAUGAUCAAAGAAAGACUUACCCUCGUAGAGGCGGUGGAGGCUGUUCGCAGGCACAGAAACAUUCUUCCAAAUGUUGGAUUUCUGAAUCAACUCUGUCACUUGGACUCUUCCUUGGCCCUCCAGAGGAAAAAAACCUUACCGUGUUCUGCCUUUAAGGACUGCUUCACAACAAGCUGCCAGAAUGAUGAAAACAAAAUUUCCAAGCGGGAAGACGAAGGACUUCAACCCCUCGCUAAUAAAUCAUGUGUGAAAGGAAGCCACAGUGAGAAAAUGGCUUCUCACAAGUCAAAGACUGGCACCAAGAUAAAUGUUAUAAAGGCAGCAGAGGAAUCCAGUCCUGUGGAUGAAUAUGUCACACCUGGGGGCUAUGAGCUGGAGAAAAUCCUCAACCGUGGGAGUGUGGCUUACACUCAUGUCAAUGAGGUCUGGCCUAAUGUCUACAUCGGGGACGAGCAGACUGCAAAGGACAAGCAUAAUCUGAAGAGGUUGGGGAUUACACACAUCUUGAAUGCAGCAGAGGGGACGUGGAACAAUGUGGACACUGGAGCCGGUUACUACAGCGACAUGGACGUCGUCUACUACGGCGUGGUAGCAGAAGACGUCACAACCUUCGACCUGAGCCAGUAUUUCUUCUCCGCCGCCCGGUUUAUAGAAGAAACACUGAGCAAUCCUCAGAAUAAACUGCUGGUGCACUGUGUGAUGGGAAGGAGUCGGUCGGCCACGCUCUUCCUCGCCUACCUCAUGAUCUGUGAGAACAUGACGGUGGUCGACGCCAUCGAGCACGUGAAAAAACGUAGGCGGAUCAUCCCCAACUGGGGCUUCCUGAAACAGCUGAGAGAGCUGGACAUGCACCUCCUGGAGAAAAGGGGAGAGUCUACAGAGCAGAGCUGAUUGUAGGACUCGUGAGGCAAGUUGAGCCUCAAGUCAUUGGAGACAAGUUCAAGUUGGAUUUCAAGUCAUUUAAGACCAAGUCCAAGUGAAAUCAAGUCACUGGGGACAAAUAAAGAUAUAUGGUCAGUCAAAACAAGUCCAAGUCAAGUCUUAAGUCUAUCACAACAUUCACAACAAGUCUUGUGAGACAAGUCCAAGAGAAGUCUUCAAUACAAUUCCUAUACAAGUCCAAUUUAGGUUUUUAGGCCAAUUUAGGUCAUUUGAAACCAAGUCCAAGUUACGUCUCAAGUCAUUUGGGACAAAUCAAGUUUCAGGUCUACCACGGCAAGUCUCAAGUCAAGUUUCAAGUGAUAAAAAAGAAACAGUCCAAGUCAAGUCUCAAGUAAUGUGAGACAAACUCAAGUUAAGUCUCAAGUCAUUCUAAACCACUCAUAGCCAAGUCUCACGUCUAAAUCAGCAAACUGCAAGUCAAGAUCAAAGUGUUUUCAGGUGUCUGAAUGUUGGGUUAGGGUUAGUUAAUGACAAGGUAUUUAAACAUUUCAUAACAACUGAGACCAAUUCCUUUUAAUGCAUAAGGCCUAAUCAUUAAAUAUUCACUGUGUGUGGCCAUGUAAAGCCUGCCUGUUGUCCCAUUUGCUUUAUUUUGUUUCACGUCGAGUUCUGGAGGGGUAAAUAAAGUCUCAGAGCAGUCAA